GGGAACGUUUCUACUCGACAGGCAACCAUCAUGACAGUUAGUGGGAGGUGGCAGGUAGCUUUUAGCGCUUCAAUGCUCCGACACUCAUUUCAUUUCCACGCACCGUCUCUCGCGGAUCAAGCUAUUAAAUGUUGACUCGCAACGUACGCCAAAACGAUUUCAACGAGAAUCGCGCGCAAAACGAAAUCAGUGUGGCCACCGAAGAUCAGCUUCCGCUGGACAAUUGACGCUGCCGGCCAAUUAUUUUAGUAUCAUCUCAGACACGUUCCACCGUCGGUUUGUAAACAGCCCCCUCUUCAAGCAAGGAAGUCAAGAACCCAAAGCCAAAUCCGCAAAGAAACACGAAGAACGAACGUCGACGAUUUGGAAAGGAAUCGUGCGCGGAAGUUUCCACUCGGGCGAGGAUACACUUACAAUCUGCAACGCCACUGCCAGUUUACUUCGAGAAAUUUCACUUAUAAAACAAAGACCAAAAGAAAAAGAAGAUCGAAGGUUCAUCGAAACUGGUGUUUGUACACAAAUUUCUACUCGCAAGUGGAUAUACAUGUUCUCAACAUCGGAGAUUCUGAUUUCCCUGUGAAGUCUGUUGAGUAUUCUCUUCGAAGAUUCUUCAGAUUAUUCGAAAAACCUAACGCAAACCCCUAAUUCAGACUAUAUUGAAAGUGCAGCAGUUUAUGUUCAAUUUUGGAGGAUCGAAGAUACUCGAGGGUUGAAGUGUUCCUGGAUCGCUUACGGGUUUCUAUUUCUUCCAUGACGGAUGUUCUCUUCGUUCCCGAACGAUUUAUCGGUUUGUUUUCAUCGAGCGACCGAUAGAAGGAUAAAAGGAUCUGGAAUUUCAGCCGGAAUAUUUUUAAAGCGACGUGCGUUCUUAUCGAAAACGUUGUCCUCGCGGUGUUUUUCUUGACCGUCGUUGACAAACAGAUCGUUCCUGCUUUGAAAAUGCGAUUACGUUGAAACAAUCGCCUUCAGUGAUAAGUCUAAAGGUAUUUUGCCGCGCUGGUGUCAAGUACGUGCUGGCUCUAUGACAUUCACGAUCUCGCCGCGUUUCCAAAGUGCGAACGACGACGCAUCCAAGCGCAGAAAGUCCUGACGAUCUGUCACGUAAACCAGAUCUCGCAAGUGAGCGCAGAACCUAGCCCCGCCGACGAGCAGCAGCAGAUCAGCGCAGAUUCAGCAGGAAGAAUUCGCCGAGAUCCAGCAAACCGCGAGAACGAGAGCAAUUUAAUAUCGAUCGAAGCCCAUCAUCGAGAACGAAGGUUUCUUAGCUGACCCUAUCACCACGCCAGAUUCACCCAACUGCGCCGAUAUCGUAGAAUGGUAGAGAGUGAACCUGGCUCUAAGCACAAUUAUAAGUGUGAUGUAAAAGACGAGCGGCUAAACGGCUGUGGCUCCAAGGAUCUCGAACUUGCCCGUAUUGGAACAAAGGGCAAGACCCUAGAUCCAGAGAAAGGAUCCUACGAUAAAGCAGAUUUCGAGAAAGCUAUCGAACUUACCGACUAUGGCAAGUUCCACUACUUUCUCCUCACGGUAUGCGGCUUCGUCAGCACCAGCGAGGAGAUGGACGUGAUCUCCAUGUCCUUCAUACUGCCGAGUGCACAAUGUGAUCUAAAACUCGACACGCAAGCCAAGGGAUGGUUGAAUUCGAUCAUUUUCAUCGGCAUGAUGGCCGGCGCUUACGCCUGGGGCUCCGUCGCGGAUGCCCUGGGUCGUCGAAAGGUUCUCAUCGCCAUCUCGUUCGCGAACGCACUUUGCAUCGUGGCCUCCAGCUUCAGCCAGUCUUAUGAACUCUUCAUGUUCUUCCGUUUCCUUAACGGCGCUGCCCUCGGAGGUAGUGGACCUGUCAUCUGGUCAUAUUUCGCAGAGUUCCAGCCGAAGUCUAAGAGAGGCUCGAUGUUGUCUUUUAUGGCAGCAUUCUGGACGCUUGGAAACCUUUUUGUCGCUGGCCUAGCAUGGUUGAUCAUCCCUAAUCAAAUUGGCAUUGCGAGUUCGACAUUCACAUAUAAUUCUUGGCGAAUCUUCCUGCUGAUCUGCGCUGCUCCGUCGUUUAUCGUCGCGGGGCUGCUCCUGCUGCUCCCUGAAUCCCCUAAAUACCUCUUGUCCUGCGGAAGAUACGAGGAAGCGCUCGACAUCUUCCGCGGAAUCUAUGCCAUUAACACUGGCAAAUCACGUGAAAGUUACACGGUGAAAGAACUAAUCCUCGAUGACUACCAAGAGCCGGAACCGACGAAAGUCGGUGUCGAAAAGAAUAAAUGCAAGACAAUGCUCAGUGACAUCGUAGAUAACAGCAAACAGCUAUUCAUCUCGCCGAUUCUUCGCUUCACCAUAAUCUCCAUCAUCAUCAACUUUACCUUUCACAUCGGUUACUACGGCCUAAUGAUGUGGUUCCCCGAGCUGUUCAACCGUUUCGACGAGUUCCAUCGCGAUCAUCCCGGUGAGAUCGCAUCAAUAUGCCAAGUGACCGAUUACGUGGUUCAAAAAGGCUCUCAUAAUAUCGAGAACCUUUGCUCGGAUAAAAUCGGCGCCUCCGUUUUCUUGGAGUCGCUGAUCACUGUUGCCUCCGCAAUUCCUGCAAAUAUCAUCGCUGUUUUGGGAAUGGACCGACUCGGUCGCAAAUUUUUCCUCGUGUUCAGUACACUUUCGUCAGGGUUGUGCUCGAUUGGAUUGUACUUUGUGUACAACAAGCACCACAAUUUGAUCGUGUCAGCCUUCUUCAGCGGUGUGAUAAGCUGUGGAAAUGCAGCUCUGGACUGUCUAAUAACCGAAGUUUUCCCUACCCAUCUACGUGCGACCGGAAUUGCUAUUUCCAUGGUCGCGGCACGUCUCGGUGGUAUUAUCGGGAACAUCGUAAUAGCUCAACUCCUGGACAUGUACUGUCCAGCGCCGACCUUCAUCGUUGCUGCUCUUCUAAUUGGUGGAGGAUUACUGUGCUUAUUCUUACCAAACACAACUCGUGAACCACUUUCUUGACACCAGUGGAGAAUUCUAUUGAAACUAAUUCAAUGUACAGUCAUGUAUACAUCUUUGAAAAAAAAUUUUAAACGUGUUAAAUCGGCGCGCCCACGCUCAUGUAUCUACACGCAUUUAGUUUAUGAAUGAUCAUUACAAACACCAGUAUUGCUAUAAUCGAACCACACAUUCCUGUUUUACAUACCAAGUAAUGAAACCAGGUAUUUACAUAAGUACCUAGGUGAUAAAAUAGAAGUUUUAGUGGAUAGAUAUCAUUAUAGCAGGCUACAUAAUUUAAAAAAGAAUGGUGUUAAAAUGCGAGUUCGAUGUCUUACGAUGCUUUCAUUAUAAGACAGUAAAGUGUUCAAAGUAUUUCUAUGUAUUAUCGAAGUAUUAAACACUUGACAAAAUAUUCAAAGUUCAGGGCGUGUGGAUUUUAUGUACUGAUACUAAACGUGGAAUGUAGAUACAGCACUUAUAAGUAGAAUUCAUAUUUCGGUAAUAUUUUACUACGUACUUUUGUAUGUUUCAUCGUUCAUUCGCGUCAAUUACCGUUGUACAUUGUGUACUCCUAUGUAUUUCUAAUUUAAUAUGUAACGGUUGCAAGAAUUUGAAAUAUAAAAAAAUAUGUAACAAUAAAGUUUAGUAUUUCUGAAAAAUA